AUGCCUGAGGUUGAGGAAUAUACAAUUGGUUGGAUCUGCGCUUUGACCAAAGAGCUCAUUGCAGCCAAAGCAUUUCUCGAUGUUGUCCACGAUUCUGUCAAUAACGCGGCGGUCAACGAUGACAACAAAUACACACUGGGCAGCAUUGGCAAGCACAAUGUUGUCAUUGCAGUCUUGCCGUAUGGCCAAUACGGUCUCGUCAACGCAGCAGCCGCCUUGAAAGAUAUGACUCGCACGUUUUCCAACCUGCGAGCUGUGCUCAUGGUCGGGAUUGGUGGUGGCGCCCCAGGCAUAAAAGACAUCCGUCUUAGCGACAUCGUUGUUGGAUCUCCAGGUCGAAACAACAGUGGCGUCAUUCAGUACGACUACGGAAGGGCAGUCCAAGGCGAGGAAUUCGCAGUUACUAGUCACUUGAACCAGCCGCCUAUUGCGUUCCUGACAGCCAUGAGUGCACUACACGCUACGUAUGAGAUGGAAGGUCACAGCAUCGAGAGCGACAUCGAUAAGGCCCUCCAAAAGUACAAGCGACUGAGCAACAAAUACAAAAGACCCGCUGUCUCUACCGAUCGCCUAUACGAAGCAGAUUUCGUCCAUCAAGGAAGCGAGGGUGUAGCCUGUGGCGAGUCUUGCGGUGAUGACAAGCUGGUGUACCGAGACACACGAGGCGAUGAUGAAAAUAAUCCUGCUAUUCAUCGCGGCUUGAUCGCAUCGGGCAAUUCUUUGAUGAAGGAUGCACCUUUGCGCGACAAGCUCGCAGCGAAGCAUGGUAUCUUGUGCUUUGAGAUGGAAGCUUCAGGCCUCAUGAAUCACUUUCCGUGCGUUAUCAUUAGGGGGAUAUGCGACUAUUCUGAUUCGCACAAGAACGAUCAAUGGCAACAAUAUGCGGCUAUGGCCGCAGCUGCCUACGCUAGGGACUUGCUGCUCGAGAUAGCUCCAAGUAGUAUGCUGAAGGAGGAACGAAUUGAAACUCUUUUGGGACAACUGAAUGGCAAAGUUGAGGAUAUUCGCCAUAUAGCCACGGAAAGCAGUCGUGACAUAAAGUCCCUUUCGUCCACUGUUCGCGACGAUAGUAUAUCGGCAUGGCUCGAUCCAGCCGAUCCUUCUGUCGAUCACAACAAGGCUCGUGAAGUCUGCCACUCAGGUACUGGACGAUGGCUGUUAGACAGCCCUCAGUAUAUCACCUGGAAGUCCCAGAAGAAUUCCUUCCUCUGGUUGAAGGGAAAGUCUGGCCAAGGGAAGACUAUUCUAAGUUCGACUAUCAUUGAAGACAUACGUAACAGCCCGCCCGGUAACUGCGCGAUACUGUACUUCUACAUAACGUUUGCCGACCACCGAAAACGAUCUCUUGAAGCUAUCCUUAGAUCUUUGAUCAACCAGCUUUACCGAAGCCGGCAGGAAUCUCGAUCCCCAAUCGACGCACUCUACUCAAAAUGUGGUGAUGGGAGUAGCCAAGCAACUGUGGGACAGUUGAGAUAUGCCUUUCGCGACAUGUUGUCAUCUCCAGGCGAUAUUUACAUCGUAAUUGAUGCACUGGACGAAUAUCGGAACCGAAGUACUCAGCGAGAUGAGUUAUUGAGCUGGAUAGAAAGCUUGUGCAAUGGGGAAUUCAAGACCCAUCUCCUUGUCACAAGCCGCCCUGAACACGAUGUCAAGACCUCUAUCGAAACUUGGGCUGACCCUUACAGUAUCAUCUGUCUCGAAACAGAAAACAUCAGUAGGGAUAUCUCUGACUAUAUUCGUCAAGUUGUGACCAACUCCACAAGCCUACGUCGAUGGCACGAGCAUACAGCAAUACAGGAUGAGAUCAUAAACAGCUUGACUGCAAAGGCGGAUAGAGUGUUUCGUUGGGUCGCUCUGCAAUUAGAACGCUUAAAAGACUGCAUCAACAAAGAGGAAGUCAAUACAACCCUUCAAACUCUUCCAACAACCCUCGAGGAGACAUAUUAUCGCGUACUGUACGAACUCACACAUACCAGAAGGAAAUAUGUCAUCCGAAUCCUUCAAUUCUUAGCAUACUCGGACAUCCCAUUGACGCUUGAGGGCGCUGUCGAUGCUAUUGCAAUAAAUCUUACAGCACCGCCUGGUUCCCGAUUCAUCAUCAAAGACCACGCAAGCGUCAUGGGCUAUACUCCACCGCGCUGGCUUGGCCAUGCUCUCCUUGUUGCCGCUGAGUUUGGCCGUUCCAACGUUGUCGAGCUCCUUAUUCGAGAAGGUGCUAAUGUCAAUACCGAAGGAAGGAUGCAUAAUGUCCUCUGUACUGCGGUUGCAGCCGGUCAUAUGGAUAUUAUUGAACUACUGAUAAAAAACGGCGCAGAUGUCAACGCCCAACAAGUAGUAUAUGGAAAUGCUCUUGAGGUUGCUACUGACGUUAAAGCUCAGUCACUUUUUUCAAAUGCCCUCUAUUCUGCCUCCUACUCUGGGCGUUUGGAUAUUGUCGAGUAUCUAGUGGAGAAUGGUGCUAACGUCAACGCUCAAUCAAUUCACGGUACUGCCGUUCAAGCUGCCUCCCGACGUGGCUAUUUGGAUAUCGUUAGAUUCUUAGUUAAAAAAGGCGCUGGUGUCAACGCUCCAGCAGGAAAAUUCGGCAAUGGCCUACUUCUUGCUUCUCACGCUGGCAAUUUCGAUCUAAUUCAGUACCUUGGGGAUCAGGGUGCUCGAGUUGAGAACAUUGAUACUGAAUCUGGCAUGGGCUCUCGGGCUGCAUGGCCUCUUAUAUGUCUAGCUCAGAAGGGUGAUGAUGCGACGGCUGCAGCACUCUUUAUAUUAAUUUGUUAA